AUGUCCGCGAGCUUCAACCCGAAGCCGACGCCUCGUCGCACGAGCGCCGCUCCCGGCUCCCAUAGCUCCAUCACGCCCGCCGCCAACAGGUUCAGAUCUUCUCUCGUGCCCAUGCGCCGGGCGUCACCCCUUCGGAGCUCCCAUGGUCCGAGUCGAGUCACAACAGCGCCGGCUCCAUCCGCAUCUGGAGCCACAUCUGCUUCUGCAUCUGGCGCACCAAUUGUCAAGGAUUUGUUCAGAACAGAAACCACACCCAGGCCUAGCCGCAUCACACCCUUCGCUCCCCGACUGCCCGCCGAGGCUACCAAGACCCCGGCCUCUAUCCGAAAACUUGCCCCCAAAGGCGCCCAGACUGGCAUGGCCGGCACCGCGCCGCAAGAACUUUUCAAACAAAGGAUACCAGAUCCUGACGAGGGACUUACGGGCCUGGAAAUCUCGAACGCAGUGCCCAGUCAUCUCAAAAACAGGAAAGGCACUGUAUAUGCCGACCAAUAUCUCGCCCACAAAUGCCCCCCCGAAUUCGACGAUGAUCAGAGGAGGCAGUUCUUCUGCAUUCUAGACCUGCGACGACUCAAAUAUGCCGCAAAUGAGAUCUUUGCCAAGAAGGACUGGAAGUUGAAUAUCAUCAAUUUUGCCAAGGAGUAUGAGAAGAGUCGGGGUCUAAUCAUGCUGCGUUAUGGGCUUUACGAGUUCAAGAAUGUCAAGCCUUCAGAGGAGGUCAUGAGAAAAUGGCGGAAAGCCCACGGCUUACCCGAGCCCGAGCCCGAGUCCAGAAAUGCUACCACAACCACCACGAACAUUACUCCCAGUGCACCUUUUGGUAACACUGCCUCCAAGACCGACGAGAACGCUCAGCGUAAGGGCAAUGCGCUCCAGACUUCCAUCUUCAACCAAAACAAGAAACGUAGUGCUGAUCAUGAAUCCACUGCCGAAAUCCCCAGGUUUGCCCCCUCUCCUUUCAAGAAGCGCAAGGCAGUUGAGGCAGACGAAGACGACGAGAAUGAGCGCAACAACCCAAAAAAGGCUACGCCAUCAGCUGCGCGAUCGAAACUGGAGGGCAUCAUCAACAAUGUUCAGUCGGCCAGCUCGACUCCUGUAGGCUCGCCCGCUAAAAAGCCAACCUUCGGCGCGAGCGCAAGCACUACUACUGGCACAACUAUGCCACCCCUCUUUGGCGUAACGAAACCGGAUGAUGGGCCAAAGUCCGUCUUCGCGACGAAAUCAAACCCCUAUGCGGCACCUUCCAACGGCGUCGUUGACUCGUUGAAGCUCAAUUCAACUCAUUUCCAACCGGGUCAAGCUCUCAACGGAGCCAAGGACUCCGUCUUAGGCAGCCACAAGUUUGGCUCAGGUCUAGCACCCAAGGCCGGUAACAUUUUCGGCUAUCUUUCAGAGAGCUCAGCGAACAACAGCGGCGCUGAGAAUGGUGAUGAUACCGAUUCAGAAUCUGGUGAGUCACAGCCUGAGACGGGAAGUCAAGAUGCUGCUCCCAGCGCGGUAGCUAGCACGGGUACUGCUACACCCCCUGUCGCAGGAUCUGGAGGCUCUCUAUUUGGGUUCAACAAGCCCGCCGCGCCCGCUUCCAACCCAUUCGCGAGCGUCUUCAACAAGCCUGCCGAAACCAUACCAGAGAAGCCUGUGGAUGAUACGAAAGGCGGUCUGUUUGGCCGCGUGUCAUUUGGAGCUAAUGGUCAGCCUCUCCGAGAGACGUCUGUCGAGGAGACACCUAGAGCCUCUUCACCUGUGAAAGAGGCAGCUGCUGAGACCGAGCAGACAGAGACUCCAGCUAAGGGCCCUGGAGAUUUCACCUUUAACCCUGCAUCAACACCCAUUGUAUUCGGCAAGAGUGACAGCUCAGUUCCUUCUCAACCCGCUGCCCCAGCUGCAGAUGAAACUGCAAGCGAGCUCAAGAAGUCUGAGAAUGGCCCUGCUAGCUCUUCGUCUUCUCUAUUUGGAAACUCGUUGUUCAAGCCGGCUACCGGGGCAGACUCCCCCAAGCCUCUCUUCGGUAUCAAGCCCGCCGAGCAGCCCUCGCAACCUCUUUUUGGUGUAAAGCCGCCGGAGCAAUCCUCUCAGCCUCUCUUCGGCGCAAAGCCUGCUGAUCAGCCAGCAACUACCACUCAACAAACGUCACAGCCGCUUUUUGGCAAUUUCAGUAAACCGGCUGAACCAGAACAACCCGCUCCAACGCCAUCGGCAGGAACAUUGUUUGGCGCGAAAUCCCCAGACAGCACUAGCCAGCAACCUUCAGGCUCCCUGUUUAGCAGCCUACAAAAGCCCGCAGAGAAGGAAACCACAGAGACUGCGACCGCUCCAACCACAUCCUCCAUUUUCAACACCCAGCCGGCCCCUUCUGCAUCGUUCUCGUUUGGAGGUGCACCUACAUCGAAGCCGCUGUUUGGUCAAGCUGAUCAUUCAAUGGAAGCACAGGCACCAGAUCAGGAACCGCCUAAGAGUUUAUUUGGAUCUCAAGGAGGCUUUGGAGCGCCAUCCACAGUCAACGGAGACGUGACUGUCAAGAAAGAGCCAACGCAAAAUGCCUUUGGCUCUCAGCCGCUCUUUGGCAAACCAAGCACAGAAACCAGUGCUUCAACACCUGCUCCUGCGCCCCUAUUCGGUGGAUUCCAAUCAUCUACUGAGCCUCCAAAACCAGCUUCCAACCUAUUUGGCAAUAACACGACCUCUUCAUCGUCUAAUCUCUUUGGAAAUAAUAGCUCAUCGACCCCUGCGAACCUCUUCGGAGCCGCUCCUGCCAAUCCGUUUGCUUCUGCAGGUAGCACGUCAAACAAGAGGAGCGCCGAGGACGACCUUCAACCGGCUAAGAAAGUCAUGUUUGGCCGGCCCGACGAAAACGGUAACACUGCAAGCCAGCCAGCAUCAUCUUCUUUUACUUUUGGUGCCUCGCAGCCAGCUGCGCCCUCAAACGAUCAACCUGAGAAGAAGACAAUGUUCGGGAAUGUCACUGGAGAAGCUGCAGGUAGUCCUGUCCCUGGCAGGAAAAUUUUGACCCCCAAGAGGCUUCGAGGUGCUGGUGGCGCAGCGCGCCAGGCAAGUCCCUCGCCUGCACCCUCAUUUGAGGGUUCUGGAAUGUUUGGGUCACAAACACCGAAGCCUGAUGUUGCUGCUUCUGCAAAUUCUUUUGGCAAUAGCAAUGCUUCUUUCGCCUUCGGCCAGCAGAGCGAUGCGCCUACAGGUGGUAACCACUCUUCCUUUACUUUCGGCCAGUCGAGCUCGCAACCCAAUGGAGCUCCAGCCGGUGGCUCAUCUUUCACGUUUGGUGGUAGCUCUGCAGCACCCGCUACUGGAUCUUUUACAUUCGGAGCAGGCGGUGAUGUAUCGUCUAACCCAUUUGGCGGUGCAAGUGGCCCCCCUACCCAGUCUUUCGGGGCAGCCUCAGGAACUCCAACUCCUGCUGGAUCUUUCAACUUCCAAUUUGGCGGACAAUCUUCAUCUGCACCUGCGCCUGCUGACCAAGGCAAGCCUCUUUUCGGUGGCCAGCCAAAUGCUAAUGCAUCUGCACCCACAUUCAGUUUCACAUCCGCGACCCCCCAGUCGACCCCUCAGCAGAGCUCAACGAAUCUCUUCGCACCCCAGCCAUCCGCCCCAAGUAUUUUCAGUGGUCUACAGCCAGGUGGUAGUGCUCCCGGAGCCAACUCCCCGUUUCCUGCUGGGUCCAGCAUGAACACUACGCCGGUUAGUGGAACACCCGAGCCACAGACACAGCAGGCAGAUGGUGAUGCUGAACCUCCCCAAGAGCAGAUUUCAUUGACCCAGGGUGGACCUGGAGAGGAAGACGAAGAUGUUGUGUUCGACGUCAGAGCCAAAGCCAUGAGAUAUGUCACGGUGGAUCCUGGCGAAGACAGCCCGGCUUCCAAGUCGCCCUGGCAAACUAGGGGUAUCGGACCUUUACGAUUGCUCAAACACAAGACAACAGGCGCUGUUCGUAUUCUGCUUCGUGCUGAACCGAGUGGAAAUGUUGCGAUGAACAAAGCCCUGCUGCCAAAUGUCGCUUACAAGGCAGAUAAGAAGACAGUUAAAGUCAUGACCUCUAACGACGACGGAUCUGGUCUUGAGACGUGGGUUUUACAGGUAAAGAAGCCAGAGAACGCCACGGAACUUGCUAGCGCUCUCGAGUCUUGGAAGGCUUCGAACAAGUAA